AGGCAGCAGGGACCAUUCGAUCAUCCAAUCUGGCCAUUGUAUUUCACCCAGUUUCCCCCACCACCCCAGCUGCUCUAGGGGUGAGGUGCAGAAGGAUGGGACAGGUGCACUGGCCACUGCGUGGGGUGGUCAGUUUCGCCCUAGAAGGAUUAACCCCAUAGAGGUCUCAGAUCCUCCAGCUCUCCCGGUGGGGAUGAGGAAAUAUAGUGCAGGGCAGGAGGGGAUUUAACGCAGCAAGGACCUUCCUGUUGCCUGAAUCCUGGCGGUGCCUGAGCUCUGCUGCUGGCAGCCCCUGCUGCCUGGAUCCCCCAGCUCCGGUGGGGACGCCCCUCUGCCCGGAGAGCCCAAGACACUCAAGCAUCCCCCAGCAGGAGCGGUUGUGUGAUCCUAAUCCUGAAACCAUCUCUCGCAUGGAAUGCAGGGAAGAACCCUGUGUCUCAAUUCUCCCGGACCCCAGCGAAUGGCUGAAUCAAAGAGGUGCCAGCAAAGCAGAUCACCAGAUCCUGAGCCAAACUGAAGAGGAGACCCCGCUGCAGGAGGGCGCUGGAAAAGCGGAGUCAUGCGGGGUGUCAGCAGAGAGAACUGGAGGGGACGUCUCGCAGCAGAUCCAGCCUGGGGCAGGGGGAAACCCUGUGGAGCAAGAUCACCUUCCCUCCACCACCCCACGGGAGGCCGGGCGACCCAGAGGGGAUGUCACCCAGCAGAGUCUGCGGGGGGCUGGGGAAAACGCCACAGAGCGGGAUCUCCAAGACAUCGCCACCAGGAGACCUGGACGGGACAUCUCCCAGCAGAGCUUGUGUGAGGCCAGGGAAAACCCCACUGAGCGGGAUCUCCUAGACCCACCGGCAUCCCGGCAUCCCAGCGCCUGCACCGACUGCGGGAAAACCUUCAGCCUGAGCUCGAACUUGCUGCGUCACCGUCGCGCCCACCUGGGUCAGAAGCCCUACCGGUGCGUUGAAUGCGGCAAGGCCUUCGCCCAGAGCCAGCACCUCCUGGCCCACCAGCGCGUCCACACGGGCGAGCGUCCCUUCCUCUGCACCCAGUGCGGGAAGAGCUUCUCCCAGAGCCAGCACCUGCGCACCCACCGGCAGACGCACUGGGGCCAGCGGCCCCACCAGUGCCCCGAGUGCGGGCAGAGCUUCAGCCAGACCUCCAACCUCCUCAAACACCGCAGAGGCCACCUGGGCCACAAACCUUUCCGGUGCGCCCAGUGCGGCAAAGGGUUCGGGGAGAGCUCCACCCUGAUCCGCCACCAGCGCAUCCACACCGGCGAGCGGCCCUACCGCUGCCCGGCCUGUGGCCGGGCUUUCAGCCAGAGCUCCAACCUCCUCAAGCACCAGCGCACCCACACCGGCGAGCGGCCCUACCGCUGCGAGCAGUGCGGCAAAGCCUUCGGCAAGAGCUCUGCCGCCAUCCUGCACCAGCGCACCCACACCGGCGAGCGGCCCUACCCCUGCCCCCAGUGCGGCAAGCGCUUCAGCCAGCGGCCCCACCUGGCCGCCCACUGCCGCGUCCACACCGGCGAGAAGCCCUUCGCCUGCCCCCAGUGCGGCCGCAUCUUCAGCCAGAGCGCCACGCUGAGCCGGCACCGCCGCACGCACCGGCGGGAGGGGGAGCAGGCGGGGGAGGCGCCCCGGUCGGGAGAAGACGGGGGUUCGGAGGAGGCGGCGCCGGGCGAGAGCAGUGCACGGCGGGGGGAGCGCGCGGCCGGGGAGCACCAAUACGGCUACUCCAGCCUGUGACACCUUGGGCUGCGGAAACAAUGUCGCAGAUGUAAAGACCAUGUAACCUCCCAGUUACCGCUAGAAGGCACCAGCCCCCACUCUGAGUGUGGGUUAAAUCAGCUUCUCUUCUAAUGGUUGAUUUAAAGCAGCAGGCCACACGGACUUAAACAGAAAGACUGCGUGAGAUAAUAUUCCUGGCACUUUAAAAAAAAAAAUCAACUACAGGGCUGGACUGACUGGUGGCCCAACACCCCUGCAAGCUGCCGCCGCCUGCAGAGAUGGCCGAGAGGCAGAGGCAAGGGGUGAAAAGCAAAGGAACCAGACCCAGCGUGAAAACUGGCCCGGUUGUUCGUCUCUCCUCUUGCAUGCGUGGGUCUGCGGUGUGGCAGUAACGGAGGAGGGUUACGGGGCAGUACCAUGACACCCCCUAGUGGGGUCGUGGUCGGGGCUGGGAUCCAGCAGCCUGAUGCUAAAUGGGCCGGCGUCUGCUGCCCGAGUGAAGAUGGCCCAGCAGGGUUGUGUAGCUGGCCCUGCCGCUAACCGGAGACGCAGCCGCACUGUCUGCCCGGGUGGGCUGCGACAGGGAUCCCGGAUGGCGUUUCAUUUACUGACCAAACGAGCUGUGGUUUUGGCCGCCCAAUCAGCUGUGCCCCGGAAAGCCCCCGGCCGCCCCAGCUUUUAAGCUAAUAAAACACGUCCAAUUAUCACCAA